CUAUCUGUUGAUGACUUGUUUUCACCACAGAAUAUCCUAGAAGGUCUAUCCUAGAAAGGAUUAACAGUAUUUCAGGGCCGCCAUCCUAAGAUCCUGAACAUGGGAGAGUGCAUUUCAGUCCGUGUUUUGCUGAUGUUUCUGGCCCUAAUCAGCUAUCUAAUUGCACUGACAUUCAACAUAUUGGCUCUAUUUGGGCCCUGGACAGGUGCGUUUAUGCAAACCACACAGUAUGUGCUGAGCAAGUCCACAACGCACCUAACCCCGGAUAGAUGGGUACUCUUUCUAUGGGACGUCCUUAACGUCUGGUUGAUCGGCAUGUUCAUCUAUCUGAUACACAAUCUCCGUAGAAGGGAAGCCUAUACAUGGAUGUACACCACUCCUGCUGUCCUGCCCUACGGAUUCUACUUGUCCUGGAUCGUGAAUAGCAUUUUGAAUAUGGCAUGGUUAUUUCUGUACGACAAAGAAUUCUGUGUUUGUCAUAGAAAGAUGGUGCCAACGCUGCUGAUCACAGCACUACAGGCCAUCUCCAACUGCGUGAUUAUCAUGUUCUCCUGCUACGGACUGGUCGUCUAUGGAGCGUGGCUCCAUAAAUAUCACAACAAUGAUCUCUGGCUCAUUCGAAUACUGGUGCAAAACGGAGUGGCAUUGUAUGCAACAUGGUGGGCUGUGGCUACCUUUUUACACUUGACCGUUGUUUUAGACCAUCAAACCCCAAUACCCAAGACAGAUGCUGCCAUAAUGGUACUAGUGCUGCUCCAAUUGGGACUCAUAGGAUGGUUUGUCAUAGAGAACUGGUACCUGGAUAAGCACGUGCGCUACAUCCUCACAGUGUACCCUGUGGUGAUCCUGGUGUUGGCCGCGAGUGUGGCCAAUCCAGCCACGCCCGGUACCCACAUAGACAUCAUGUCUGCUGUCAUAUUGGCCAUAACUAGUGUCAUAUUCAUUGUACGCAUUGUCAUGGUGUUAUGGAAGCACAACAACAAACCGUUUUAUGGAGAAGAGGAGCUCAUGUCUCCAGUGGACAUCGCCAGAACACAGAAGCUCAUCUUUAUGUAGGAAGAAGAGAGCCGCUGCAGAGAUUCACGUGCCCCCUUGUUUGAAUGUUGUUUUCCUAAACAUUUAAUGGCUGAGACGUGAUCAA